GUUCGUUGUUGUUUCGUGUUUGUCGUGAUAGCUUUUACCCGGCACGGAUGUACGUGUGCUUUUGAGGGGUCUAGUCCACACUCGACUCUCACUCAUCAGCAGCUAGCUAACUGCAGAUCAUCAACUCUCUUCACAGCACAGUUUCUGUGGGUUGCCGAUUGUUGAAGAAGAGAGUAGAAAAAGUACCAUCUACCAAUAAAUAUUAAAGAAAAACAUGGCUGCCUGUGAAUUUACUGAACGUGGAAUUGUUUGAAGCCUGACAAUUGUAAUCGCUGAAAAGAAUCAGCCAUCAUGAGUCCCCCUAAUCAUUCCUCAUCACCAAAGAUAAUGGUGUUCAGACCAACCUUGGAGGAGAUGAAGGAUUUUCCGGCUUACGUCACUCAUAUGGAGUCAAUGGGAGCACACAAGGCUGGCAUUGCUAAGAUCAUCCCACCAAAGGACUUUGUGGCCGCUUAUGACUAUGACGACAUAGAUAGCAAGACGAUUCCAGCACCCAUUCAACAAGAAGUUAUGGGUCAUCAGGGACUGUAUACCCAGUACAAUAUACAGAAGAAGCCGCUUUCUUACCAGGAGUUCAAGAAACUGGCAAACAGUAGCAGAUAUGCGACACCUCCACACUUUGAUUAUGAUGAUCUGGAGAGGAAGUACUGGAAGAACAUUACCUACAACCCACCAAUCUAUGGUGCUGAUAUAUCUGGCUCACUGUAUAGCAAAGGCUGUAACAUAUGGAACGUCAAUAAACUCAACACACUGCUUGAUGUCAUUGAAGAGGAGCAAGGUGUGAAGAUAGAAGGAGUCAAUACAGCUUACCUUUACUUUGGGAUGUGGAAGACAACGUUUGCAUGGCACACGGAAGACAUGGAUCUCUACAGCAUUAAUUACCUGCAUUUUGGAGCACCCAAAUCAUGGUAUGGAAUCCCUCCAGAGCAUGCAAAGAGGCUGGAAAGACUAGCUUCUGGAUUUUUUCCACAGAGUUUUCAGAUUUGUCCCAAUUUUCUUCGACACAAAAUGACUCUCAUAUCACCACAGAUCCUCAAGAAAUACUCCAUUCCAUACGACAAGAUUACACAAGAAACAGGUGAAUUCAUGAUUACAUUUCCCUAUGGAUACCAUGCUGGCUACAAUCAUGGUUUCAACUGUGCUGAGUCAACCAACUUUGCGUCCUUGCGUUGGAUUGAUUUUGGAAAGAGAGCAAAAUGUUGCUCAUGUCAGAAGGACUCAGUGAAGAUCAACAUGGAUCCAUUCAUUAGGAUAUUCCAGCCCCAUCGCUAUGAAACAUGGAAGGCAGGUGAAGAUGUUGUGCAUAUUGAAGAUUUGGACAAGCCAAGCAGUGGGGUACAGUCUCAAACCAUGCUACAGCAAAGCCUCAAGUCCAUAGCCAAUGAAGUGGCACUCAAGACUAGACGUCAACCACUUCACAAGAGGGAUGGUCGAAGAACUAAGGCAGGAAUUAAGGCAGGAACAACAAGCCAUGGCAAACUUAGUCUUCAAGAUGAUACAGACGACACAAAAAAGACGCAAAUUUUGCAAGAAAUGUCCCCCACUGUCUCGAUACCUGUAUUUAAAAUGAAAAUAGAAUCUGUUGAAACUACCUCACAACAUUUGGAAGUAAAUGACAGUCAGAGCAGCUUAUCCAAGACCCUUCAGGGUAUUGAUGUCAGUGUCAAAGUGGAACCAGGAAUCCAAGUAACACGUCUCACUGAAUCAUCACAUGAACAAACUGAAGUCAGUACUCCAAAAAAUAAAAAGAAGAAAUCAAAGUCUACAAAGAGAGAUUCAAAAUCUAAGAAGAAACCCUCGCAUUCCAAUGGGGAUGCUUCCAGUACGUUUAGAAAUGACACCGAGACGAAAAAAAGGCAUGCCAAGUCCAAUAAGAAACACGCCAAGGCGAAAAAGGACGGCACAAAACCAAAUCAGAAUGCAGGGACUUUGAAGGAUAGUAAAAAAAGACCAUCACAAUGUCAAGAAGAGAAUGAAAGACGAGACCAUCUACAAAUGCAUAAGUGCAGCAGUGGUCUUUUAAGUGAAACAAAACUGGACGUUGGUGGACCAAAGGAAAUCCCUACGAAAAGUGGCCUACUGCUAGAAAAAGAAAUAGCAGACAAGAAGAAAAAAACUGUCAAAGAAAAUAAAAGGUUGUUGAAGGUGAAAGAAGUUAAACGUCAGGCUGCACAAAGCAAAAGCAGUCGUACUAAGGACAAGAAUAAAGGGAAACGGAAGACACUCAAAUUGGAUACUCUUUUUGGGAAAUCAAAACGGGCAAAGUUGACUGAUAUUCCAAGAGAGAUGCAUGUUAACCAGCUUGAUGGCAUCAGUCAAACAGAAAAUGGUGUAAAAACGGAAACUGUUGCAGUAACAGAUGGCAAUGUGGCUGCUGGAAACCUUGCAAGACCCACUUUAGGAAAAGCAGGUAUUGAGAACACGGCCAAAACAAGAAAGACAAAACAUGACUUCACAUCACACGAGUUCUCCAUUAUGAAAGCUUGGGCUCGCUCUAUGAAUGGGCUGUGGGUUACACAACCCCAUAGCUAUGACAUGGAACUUGCCUACAACCUCUCCAUUGCUGAUCAAAGACCAGGCUGUUGUGUCUGUAUGCUGUUCUAUAAUGAAAAGAUCGAUGGAAAAGAUUGGGAUAAGAAGAAUUUGAGUUGUACCUCAGGCAGCAGUGAAGCAGCCUUGUCCGAUCCUAGGAAAACAUUUGUCCUGACUCCAGAGAUGUGUUUUGCUGCAACCAGUGAGAAUCGGUUUCCUGAUUGCUGGAACGACUCAUUAACUGAUGAAGGCCAUAGCUUAUUAUUGAACUGUAGCCAGUGCAAGAUUACAGUUCAUGCAAGCUGUUAUGGGGCGACUGUAACUUCAUCUGACAAGUGGAAAUGUAAACGCUGUGAGGAACAGGAUUAUCUGGCUGAGUGUUGUUUGUGUAAUCUUCGUGGGGGAGCGUUGAAACAUACAACAAAUGGUCGCUGGGCUCACAUUGUCUGUGCGAUGGCCAUCCCGGAAGUUCUUUUUGAAGAUGUAAUGGAAAGAGAUUCUAUCAACAUUGAAAACAUUUCAUCUGCGAGAUUAAAACUGAAAUGUUUUUUCUGCCGGCCGUUUAUUAAGAUGGGGAACCGGUACGGUGGUUUGAUUCAGUGUUCAGUAGGGAGAUGUGCAUUAGCAUUCCAUGUAACGUGUGCUCAAGCUGCUGGAGUUGUGAUGGAGCCAUGUGAUUGGCCGUGUGCAGUUUAUGCUACCUGCCUAAGGCAUCCCUAUCAAGAAAAAAUGAGAGACAAGCCAAGAGAGUCUCCGCUUAAGAAUGUGUCAGUGAGUGAUGCAGUCAUAGCCAAACACAAGAAUGGACGUUACUACAGGUCUGAGAUAACUGGGGAGCGCCAGCAGGUCUUUCUACAUGUGAAGUUUGAUGAUGGCUCUUACAGUGAGAAUCUGUUUCCUCAGGAUAUUGAGAGUCAUGACUGCCUGAAUGAUGGACUUCCAGAUCAAGGUGCUGCUGUACAGGUACGCUGGACUGAUGGACUAGUCUACAAGGGAACUUUUGUGAGUAGCUACAAUGUCAAGCUGUUUGAUGUGGAAUUUGAAGAUAGAUCUGUUUCAAGAGUCAAGCGUGAAGACAUCUACACCCAUGAGGAACCACUACCUAAAAAAGUUCGCACAAAGUUGUCAACAGCUUCAGACAUGCGUCAUGAAAGCUUUUUAGAGAGUAAGGUUGUGACUGAUCGUCAUCGGCAUGUCUGCAGCCUCUAUGCCUCAAACCUGGAAGCUUCUAAUGACAUGAUGACACCACCUAAUGCUGGCGAGAUGUCAGGCCAAAAUAGUAUGCAGUCGGCAACAGCAGAGGGAAGUGCAUGUAGUAAAUACUGCGUAAGCCACAAGCACGACAAGAAGAUGAUCAACACUCAAUGUCUGGACAAUGGUUCGAUAGACAGUAGUGUCCCUUCUCAAGAUGUCUCUAGUAUCCCAGAUGAUCAGCAACAGACGGCACCGGCGACAAUCUUUCAUGAACUCAAAGAAAAAUGGAAAUUAGAAGGUGAGAUGCCGGUGGCAGAGAGCGGUACAGAAUGAUGUCACAGAUUUGAUGCCAGUGGUUAAUAUCUGGUGUCGGGUUAUAUACACAGCAAAUUUGAAUUCUUGAUGCUGAUUGGACGUGUGCAAUGUAUUUCUAGAAAUAAAUCUGACAUUGUAUUCUGCAAAUUGAGGGCAAUAUGCAUUUGUACCUAAUUACUGCAUCAAGGUCAGUCUGAUAUAGCACAAUAAUUAAUUAUUAGUGCUUAUAAGCACAACCUUUUCAGGGACAAUGAAGUUUCUGCUGUUUCAAGUUAAGUCAAAGGUUGACCCAUUGAAACAUCAAUAAUAAAACACAAGGGAAACUGAAAGGUGUGUUUUUCUAAAUAAUUUGGGAUUGAACAAAGAGCAGGUAGUAUGGCUUCAGAAUGGCCACCCCUGAACAAUGAUAUUGACAAAGAAGAGAGACCAACAAAAUACGGGCUAAAUCGCUCAGUAAGUAUAGCACCAGCACGCUAAUCUGAAGGUUGCAGGUUAAUGUCUGGCUUUAGUCAAUUUUUCUUUGUUCAACCCUAAACAAUUGAAACAUGUUAUUGUUUGUUUUGGGUUCUCCUGGUUAAAGGUUAGACUAGUAAUCCAAGAAAACUAAAGCAUGUCUGAAACCUAUAGUAUGCAACUCGGCAUAUGACCUGGUUAGGAUGCAGAACUGCUAUAUUAGCUGAUAUGCCAAUUGGUUUUUGCGAUAUCACUAAUAUUAUAAAUAUUUUUCUGCUUUGUGAUUGGUUUAGAGCGCGUCACAUGAUAUGUCUUAGGUUUACCAGAAAGGCAUACACCCCUCAUAUGGAAUGGUAUAAUAAUUUCUUCCUUCAUUUUAUUAUGUACAAAAUGUUAAUAAUGAUUUUCUAAUGUUUAUAUAAUAUUUCAAUAGUAUAGAGGAAGAAGGAACAAUGCAUUUUGGUUUCUUGAGCAAUGGGAGUUCAUCAAUUUUAAUUGCUAAUUUAUUUUGGUGUUACAAAGCCCUUCUUUCAUUUCUGAUUUGUAAUUUUUUAUAUAUUGCUAGCCGUAGAAGAAAACUUUAUCGUUAAGUUCAAACAGCUCCUAAAAAUAGAGUUCUAUUUUAUAUAAGACAUCUGACUACAACUGGGCCCAAUUUCAUGGCUCUGCUUACCGUAAGCAAAGAAUCAGUGCUAACGAAAGGAGACGAUUUUGUGCUUACGUCAAGCGUAUUUUACAGGUUAGCGGAGAAUUUUCGAUUGUGCAUGUGCGUACUCCACGUUACUGGGCAUUCUAUGCUUACACAGCUAGCCCAGAAAGUCAGCAAGCGGAGAAUGGUGAUCGUAAGCGCAGACUUCUAGGGUAAGAAAAACCAUGAAAUUGGGCCCUGGUAGCAAGAGUUCUUUUAAAUGUUAUCGUUAUUAUUGAAAUCAUUAUGGAUAGCAUGAGUGUCUCUAUGUUAAUGUGAUAUAUUGUUAAACUUCAAGUAUCAUUUUUUAAUAUUUGAAGAUAAGUUGUAGUUUGUGUCUAACCAGUUUCUAUGAUAAAGAAAAAGUCAUAAAAACGGAAUUCCGCUCUCUUUCUUGUCUUCCAAAGUUACAAAAUUCGUCUUUUUUGUACAGGUAAUUGCAUGGUACAAUCAAACCUACAAUUUAGGCUGUUAAAUUAUGUUCCAUGCUUUAUACCCUGGAAAAGAGACAGAACACUAUUUCUUUGUUACAGAAUAAUUUCCAUAAAUCAAAUAAUAAGUACCGUUCUCAACCUUGCAGUGCUCGUCAUUUGUUAAGAGUAGAUGUCUUGACUGCUAGACUGAUUAGCUGAAAUACUCCGUUCAAAUUCCAUAAUAAGUAGCACACCUGUAAUCUUGUGUUUCCUGCACCUGUAUUUCAAAGCAAUUCAGUUUCUGAGUUCUGCACAACAUCGAGAGUCCACAGAAACUUGAGUUGAAUUUGUAUUUAGACUUAGUCUGAACUGGGGAACCCUUGGAGGGAACCCUUAAUCUGAACCGGGGAACCCUUGGAGGGAACCCUUAAUCUGAACAUGGGAACCCUUGGAGGGAACCCUUAAUUUGAACCGGGGAACCCUUGGAGGGAACCCUUAAUCUGAACAUGGGAACCCUUGAAGGGAACCCUUAAUCUGAACCGGGGAACCCUUGGAGGGAACCCUUAAUCUGAACCGGGAACCCUUGGAGGGAACCCUUAAUCUGAACCGGGGAACCCUUGGAGGGAACCCUUAAUCUGAACCGGGGAACCCUUGGAGGGAACCCUUGAUCUGAACCGGGGAACCCUUGGAGGGAACCUUCUUACAUGUUUAUUUAUAACUAGUAAAUGUAGGAGUUUUCAAAUUGUGCACUUUGGCAUGUUCAAAAUGUUCGAAUUCCUUGAAGAGUUGCUUGCCGUUUCUUGUAUUGGGGUGGAAAUUGGGCAUUUGUCACAAUGUAUUUAUGUAUUGGUUGAGGUGUGUGCUCAAGAAUGUUGAGGGUCAUGACUUCAUUUAAACCCUUGGUACAUGUGGAUAAUCUUUAAAAGAAACUAUGAAGAUUAAUUUUGAUAUUUCAUACUAAAAUGAGGACAAAACUUUCUCCUUUGAGAACGAGCUGGGUUACAAAUCGAUUGCCAGAAAAAUAAUACUUCUGUUAAGAGUCCAGCUCAAAUUACCAAUGUACUGUUCAGGGACAAAUAUGUCAGACCAACACUGACCUCGCCUAUGGAUUCCAACUUUUAAAACAAAGUUUCAUGUUGUACAUUAUUUAGCCUGCAUCGUUGAACUAUAUUUUCACUAUGCUUCCACAUUCAAAACCUACUCAUUUAAAACAGGUUGGUUGCUUUGGGUUUUGAUUUGAAGAGCAUCUCAAAUCAUAUCAGAAGUAACUAUAAAUACUUAAUAGUAAACUUGCAGGUACAACCAUGUAUAAUAUCUCACUUGAUGUACCUCAACAUAUGCAUAAAAUAACAAACUUGGGAAAAUUUAGUUUCCUUGUCGCAACAAGUUGAUUUUUGAGACCUCAAAACCAAAUUCUGAGGUCUCAAAAGCAAAUUCAAAUAUUUUAGUGAGAAAUUACUUCUCUCAAAAAAAAUAUUUUACUUCAGAGGGAGCCAUUUCUCAUAAUGUUUUACACUCCACAGCUCUCCGUUAACAAGUAAAUUUUUGUUCUAACAAUUAUUUUGAGUGAUUACCAAUAGUCUUCAGGAGAAUGCUAACAUUCCCUCAAAAG